AAGUUUUCCACCAGAGAUCACUAUAGUAUUAUUUCUAAAUAAUCACUGUCACCUAAUUCUCAUAUUUUCUCAUAAUUCUCACACUUUAAUUUACUUUUUUGCCUUAUUUUACUUUUCCAUUUGUCAACUUUACUUGAAUACACUGUAGUAAAUUCCACAAAAGAAGUGUAGAAAUCACGCCCCCUCAGAGCACUGUAGUCUGAUCUGAGUUCACAUUAUUCAUUGACUCAUUUUGUAACCUUUAAAGACUUGUCUACAUGAUAAAUUAUGCUACUUUAGUAUAUAGUAUUGAAUGAUACAGUAAAAAAAAUGGUCUGAGAAAAAAAAAAAAUUGGUAAUUUUUGAUUGCAAAAUGGUCUUAAAGUACAGAGUAUUUCACAAGAACAAAAUAAAGAGCUUCUUCGUCACUGUCAAACUACUGUAUAGGAAUCAUAGGUUGCAGGUUUGUAGGCAAAUAUUCACUCCCUCUAGUGUUUUUGCUGUUAUUAACCCUCCUUUUUAUACUGCCUGAAACACUGGUUAUACUACUGGUUAUACUAUUUAUUUUUUCUUGAAUUUGUGUGACCUUUCCUCAUUUUGGGCCAUGAAUGUGCAUGCAAAGUUUCAAUACACAGAUGUUUUGGGAUGGCUGUAGAAAUUAGGUGACUAUGACAGUGUUAGGGUCAAAAAUAAACCCAUUCAAAAACAGUAAAGAGAGAGGGAAAACAGAAUGAAAUACAUAAGAACUUAUGAAAUGUAAGACUCAAAGUUUACUCAAAACUGAAUUCUGAAUCAUCCGAUGAGAAUUUGCUUUAUCUUUAUCUAUUUGUGUUUCACAAAAAGCCUAGUCCCAAAAUUGCACUAAAAUGCACGUUUUAGCUGUUUUAACUGAAAGCAACUUGCAAUUACAUAUCUUAAAAUGUCACUGCCAUUGCUUCAUAUCAAGAUGCACACCAGAAAAGUUUUUUUUUUUUUUUUAAGGCACAUUUAUAAAAGCUAAUGCACUUGAACUAAGUCCUAGUCUUGUCUUAAUCUAAGCCCCAUCUAUGAAACCAAGCCAUAAUGUUAAAUAAUGUUAAGUACUGUUUAUACUUAGUUGUAGUUAUUUGCACCUCAGUGAACAAUGUAGAAUAUGGUUUGAAAGCAGUGUUUUGGGCCUUUGUUUGCCUCUAUCUCUGCAGUAUCACAGUUUCACUUUUAAUACACAAAACGUUCCAGAAAAAAACAUUCCAGUUCCCUGAAACCAGUUCUCUCACCCUAUAAAACCAGUAUUUUUAUUUCCUUGAGCAUGUCUAAUGAAUGCGGAAAUUAUUUCAACCCUUUAGCUGAAAGAAACUGCAGUGUAAGUCAUUGUUGAGCUGCUGUUUGAUCUGAGUUCAUAUGCAGUGAAAUGGCAGAAGCUAAUAUUUCAGUGGGACACGAUGAGUUCAUGUGUCCAGUGUGUCUGGAUCUACUGAAGAAUCCAGUGACCAUUCCUUGUGGACACAGUUACUGUAUGAGCUGUAUUACCGGCUGCUGGAAUCAGGGUGAUCAGAGGGGAGUUUAUAGCUGCCCUCAGUGCAGACAGACCUUCACUCCAAGACCUGCCUUAUGUAAGAAUGUGGUGUUUGCUGAAAUGGUGGAGAAACUGAAGAAGACUAAACUCCAAGCUGCUGUUCCUGCUGGAUCUGGAAAUGUGGAGUGUGACAUCUGCACUGGGAGAAAACUCAAAGCCGUCAAGUCCUGUCUGGUGUGUCUGGAAUCUUACUGUCAGACUCAUUUUGAACGUCAUGAAGAAUUUCGCUCGGGAAAUCCACACAAAGUGAUCGAUGCCACUGGACGACUCCAGCAGAUGAUCUGUCCUCAACACGGUAAACAACUAGAAAUCUACUGCCGCACUGAAAGGCGCUGUAUUUGCUACUUGUGUUCAAUGGAUGAGCAUAAAUUCCACGACACUGUAACAGCUACAGAAGAGAGGACAGAGAAACAGAAACAUCUAGAACAAACACUAAGAAACUUCCAGCAGAGAAUCUGGCAGAGAGAGAUGGAUCUUCAGGAGCUGAGAGACGUUGUGAAGACUCAUAAGCGCUCUGCACAGAAAGCAGUGGAGGACAGUGAGAGGAUCUUUACUGAACUGAUCCGCUCCAUUGAGAGAAGCCGCUCUGAGGUGACACAGCUGAUCAGAGAUCAGGAACAUGCUGCUGUGAGUCGAGUUGAAGGACUCUUGAAACAACUGGAGCAGGAGAUUGAAGACCUGAGGAGGAGAAACACUGAGCUGGAGCAGCUUUCACACACAGAAGAUCACAUUCAUUUCCUCCAGAGUGUCGAGUCUUGCUCUGUUCCUCCCCAAACCACUGUUGUGCCCAGAAUCACUGCCAGUUCUCACCUCUUAUAUGAUGAUGUGGGAAAAUCUGUCCUUCUGCUAAAAAAGAAACUUGAGGAUUUCUGCAAAGAAGAGAUAAAAAAGAUAUCUGAUAAAGUGACACACAUUGAGAUCGUUUCCACUUCUGAGGAGAGCAUACAAUCGCCACAGUCAUGCUCCUGGGCCACGAUGCCAGGGUCACCACCCAGUCCAUACCCAAUGCUAGGAUCACCAACCAGUCCCUUCGCAAUAUCAGAGUCACGGCCGAGACGCUUUACAAUGCCAGAGUCACAGCCGAACCCCUUUACAGUGCCAGAGCCACAGCCGAGACGCUUUACAGUGACAGAGUCACAGCCAAACCCCCUUACAGUGCCAAAGCCACAGCUGAGACGCUUUGCAGUGCCAGAGUCGCAGCCGAGACCCUUAAUGCCAGAGUCACAGCCGAGAUCCUUGUCAAAGACAAGGUAUUGGAACUUCACUGACUCAUGAGUCACAGGCCAGACUCUCCUCAGCACCAAAGUAAUGGCCCAAAUCAUCGCUGAGUUUUGCUCACCAAGACAAAGGACAUUUCUUAUGUUGCUCAAUUUUGAUUUUUAACAUAUGAUUUUUGUUUGAAUAAAUACAAAGAAAGUUUACUGGAUAAUAUUUCCUACAGAUAUUCUUCUUAUAACCCUAUUAUUCUUUAGAAUUCUGCAAUCUCUCCAUGCACCAUUAAUAUGUAUGUGUGAAUGUAUUAUGAUACUAUCUUUAUAACUUUAUAAAUGUUAGAGGAAAUGUAUUUACCAUUUCUUGAUUCUUUGUCAUUUUUAAAAUAUUAAUUAAAUGAUAUGUUUUUAUCUGUAAUUAUAAAGAUUUGGUAGUGGGGCAGUAUAUUACAACAACAUUUUAAUUAAUUUGAGCAAAUAAUUGUUUUUGUUUUUUUCUGUGUGAAUUUUUGGUCAAUCCAGUUCUUUCUAUUUGGAAAAAUGAUUCGGCUUGUUAUUGAGGGUUACUGAAACACACACACACACAAAAAUAGUAUUUUUUAUUUUAUUAUAACAUAAGAUAAUAAAAACUUUAUAAUUCCA